AGUUUUUUUUUUUUGCUUCUGAGAACUUACACUACUUGUACUUUUGCACUACAAAAUUAGAUAGCUUCUUGGUGAUCAUCUGAAUUAUAUUUUUAGGCAUGGCCGAUAUCAGAAGAAUCGGAGUUGUCGGUGCCGGCCAAAUGGGUGCCGGAAUUGCUCAACUCGCCGUCGUCAACGGCGUCGACGUAUGGCUUUACGAUACUGAUGCUGAAGCUCUUAUUAAAGCCCAAAAAUCUAUUUCAAAUAAUAUUCAACGCCUCCUUACCAAAGGACAAAUCUCUCAGGCAACAAGUGUUGAUGCUAUGAAACGUCUUCAUUGUUCAUCGCGCUUGGAAGAUUUACAUUCAGUUGAUCUUGUUGUUGAGGCUAUUGUGGAAUCUGAACAAGUGAAGAAAUCCUUAUUUGCCAAGCUGGAUAAGAUUGUAAAGAGUUCUGCUAUUUUGGCUUCUAAUACAAGCUCUAUUUCCAUUACUCGUCUAGCAUCUGCAACGAACCGACCCUCCCAGGUGAUCGGCAUGCACUUCAUGAAUCCUCCGCCGAUUAUGAAGCUGGUUGAAAUUAUUCGGGGUGCAGAUACAUCAGAAGACACAUAUUGUGCCACUAAAUGCCUGGCAGAGAGGUUUGGUAAGACAGUUAUCUGCUCUCAGGAUUACUCUGGCUUCAUAGUAAACCGAAUUUUGAUGCCUAUGAUAAACGAAGCCUUUCAUACACUGUACACCGGAGUUGCAACAAAAGAAGAUAUCGAUACAGGAAUGAAACUGGGAACCAACCAUCCUAUGGGUCCUCUGGAGCUUGCAGAUUUUAUUGGACUGGAUGUUUGUUUGUCAAUCAUGAAAGUUCUUCAUGUCGGUCUAGGGGACGAUAAAUAUGCUCCAUGCCCUCUCCUUGUGCAGUAUGUUGAUGCUGGUAGGCUUGGUAAAAAGCGUGGCGUUGGUGUAUAUGAUUACCGUGAUGGUGCAGCGAAAACUGGAUCGCCUCGACUCUGAACUCCUUGCACUUGGUAUAUGUGAAACAACUACAACGUAUUGAAACAGGCUCCUUCUUGCAAUACCCCUCUUAUAUUCCUCAGGUAUUAAUAAAGAGAGAAAUAACAGGGAUGUAUACAAUGACUCUACCAAUGUGAUUCCUUGGUGAUGUAAUUGUUCUCAUCUUAUUGCAUAGCUUUUCUAUACAAAUCCAACUUUUCUUGUUCAA